GAUCGGAGCGCUACGUCCUCCCGAUCUUCCUCCCUCGCGGGAUACACGCGGGAUCCGUAAUUCCGCGAUCCCGCAUCACAUUGAUCCGCGUCAGCGUCGCGUUUGACGGGAAGAUCUCGCCCUCGUGGUGUUCUACGAUGUAAAUUAUCGGAGGGGGAUAAGUGGGCGCGUAUGAGGGACAAAGGGGUACGUAAUUCGGGGACAAUCGAAUCGGUUUCUGCGUGAACGGCAGUCAAACCCUGUGUGUCGAUACCUGACUGACAUCUGAAGUGGCGGAAAGGGAGACGCAGGGCAGCGGAGGGGGAGAGAGACAGAUAGAGUACUUUUGAAUUCUGGAGCACAUUUAUUAAAUCAGUGUUUAACUCUGACUGGAAACGUGAUAACUUUCUGACUUUUAUUAUUUGAAUUCGUAUCAGAAUCCAAACAUAUCUACCACAUAUCUGUCCGUCUAUAGACAGUUAGUUAUUGGGAACACAGUUUCGAUUAUGAUGGACAAUGUGACGUGAGAAAUGAUGGUGAUUACGAGGUGAUAAGUUUCGACCGCGUCGAUAUUUAUGGCAUUCAAUGAAAUCAUAGCCGAACGAUUUUGAUUAGUGCCCGCGAGUACAACUCUCUCACCGAGACUAGUGACUCAUCUGGAGUUGAUAAAUUGCCAAUGAUGCAACCCGUACACACCGAAAACAACAACUCCGCCUUGGACAUGGAAUCGCUCGAAGAGAUGCUUCGUAAGCUCUCGGAGCUCGAGCAGCGGGUGUUGGAGGCGGAGGGCAGGGCGGACGAAGCUGAAGACAAGGUACGGAUGAUGGAGGAGCGGCUAGUGAAGGGUGAGUACUGCCUCAGCACAUCCGGCGUUGGUUCUCCGCCGCACUCGCUGCCGUCGACCUCCGGUACGCAGAAUGACAAGAUCGAAGAGGUUCAUUGUGCCUGCAUUUCAAAAUUAGAGACUCAAGUCGAGGAACAGAGGCAGUUACGGCUGCAAGACGCCAAGCAAGUGGAAGCGAAAGCAGCGAGGAUAAAAGAAUGGGUCACUAAUAAAUUGAGGGAAUUGGAACAACAGAAUCAACACCUGAGGGAGCAGAACAACAAGUGUAACCAGCAACUCGAGCUGUUGCGCAAUCAUAUAACAAAUAUCGGACUCAAACCUCCUGCACCGACGAGAGCGUCGUUGUCCCUGGAAGUGGAUCCCACCUUGCGUAUCGAUCGUAGACGAUCGGAGAGCUUGGAGGGUACCCCGCAGACGGCACCGGAGUGCGUGCAGACCGUCGUAGCGGAACCGCAAACGAGCACGAAGCACCGGAGACAUUUGUCCGCUUGCGGUACCAUCCAACGAGGAGCUGCGACCGCCAACAUGGACUCGAGUCUACUGUCCGAGGAGCUGGCCGCGGCGGUGGAGAACCUGGUGAUGUUGCCAAAUAUAUCCGGUGUUUCGGAGGCCAGCCGAGACAGCGGAAGCUCGGAAGCGCUGCACGACUAUGCCGAGAUAUACACACCCAGCCGAGAGGGCAUGAACUGGCUGCAGGGAGGAGGACAAGGUCCUCGUCCACCCACCCCACCGUUGCACAGGUUUCCUAGCUGGGAGGCGAAAAUAUACCAGGUAGCGGACGGUGGCCUUGGCAUCGGUCCACCGACAAACGAAGAGUCCGCACCUUCAACGAUGACCACUACGACGAGUUCAUCGAAGCAUUCUCAGGCCACGGGACACAACUUAACAGCGCACAACUCUCAAGGCUACUGCGAUAUCUCAGUUCCAGUAUACGCUACUGUCAAAGGACGUGCCAGUCAAAUCAGAUCUAUGCCUUUCGGCGAUAGCUCUGAUGAUAGUUCGGACGGCGAGGAACAUCCGAAUCAAACUGAAACUAAUACUAGAAUUACCAAUAGCUCGUCAGACAAUACGGAUUCCUCCCUCGGUAGCGGAAGCAGUCCCUCGAAAAGUAUCAAAACAACCAGUAGCCUCAGUCCCGCGAAAAGAAGUUCUAGCGGAUCUCCCAGUAAAAGCGUAAAACGUGAUACUUCUCUUGAGUCAGGAUUAUCCGAGGAUUAUGCAAUACCUCCCGAUGCACUAAGUUCGACAUCUCUAGAAUCUAGCAUGCCUAGCCUCCUAAUGCGCGUCUCUGGCGAAAGUCCAAAGAGACAGGAAUCGCUGGAGAAGACGGGUCAUCUGGCGAAAUUAGGCGGCAAGUUAAAAACUUGGCGGAAGCGAUGGUUCGUGUUGAAAAACGGUGUGUUAACGUAUUGGAAGAGUCAAAAUGACGUCAACCGGAAACCUCAAGGCCAAAUAAUCUUGGACGAAGUGUGCAGGAUCAAUAGAGCCGAAGGAGCCGCCACUUUCGAAAUAGCCACAGGUAAGAAGACUUAUUACUUGACCGCAGACUGCAUCGCCACAAUGGAAGACUGGAUAAGGGUACUGCAGAACGUGCAGAGGCGAAACGCAACGAAACUUUUGCUCAGCAGGGAAGAUAAUAAACCAACGAUACAGGGUUGGUUGACGAAGGUGAAAAACGGCCAUGCGAAGAAGUGCUGGUGCGUGCUCAUCGGAAAGAUGUUCCUUUACUUUAAGUGCCCAAGUGAUAUGAAUCCUAUCGGCCAAAUCAACAUGAGGGACGCUCGAGUGGAGGAGGUGGAACAUGUUUCGGAUAGCGACAGUGAGGAGAGAGACGCUGAGUGUCCACACGAGAGAACAAUCGGCAUCUUUCCGACGCAUCAGGGCCCAACUUAUCUACUAAUGCCACAUAAGCAGGAUAAGGACAACUGGCUCUACCACUUGACAGUGGUGUCGGGCGGUGGACCGAGCGCGGGCACACAAUACGAGCAACUGGUGCAGAGACUAAUGGAAACCGACGGUGAUCCUAGUUGCGUGCUGUGGCGGCAUCCUCUGCUGCUACACACGAAAGAGAGUAUCACGAGCCCGCUGACAAGCCUAACUUCGGAAUCUCUGCAAACUGAAGCCAUAAAACUCUUCAAGGCUUGUCAGCUGUUUAUGUCGGUGGCAGUAGAACAAGCAGGUAUCGACUACCACGUGGUUCUAGCGCAAAACGCAUUACAACAAUGCCUAGACCAGCCUGAACUUCAGUCUGAAUUUAUAUGCGCACUGGUAAAACAGACAAGUCGCCACACGCAACACCGUUUGGGCGUACAGGUAAAAAAGGCCGCCAAACUUGUGUCACUGGGUACUGCGCGCGUUCAGCUCCUCCUCUGCGCCACGCAAUCGCUCUUCACCUGCGAUACGCAAAGUCCCGCGGCAAAUGGCAGCGGUGAAAAUGCGGACGCGCAAUCAACGGCCUCGACUUCUCACAGUCCUCCGCUCACGCAGGGCCACUCGACCUCCACUAUCUUGGACUGCAAAACUAAUCCCGCGCAGUAUGUGCUUAUCCAGGGAUGGCAGCUCCUGGCGCUCGCCGUUUCCCUCUUCCUGCCCAAGAACAAUCGGCUACUAUGGUACCUGAAACUGCACCUGCAGAGAAACGCCGACAGCAAAACGGAAUGCGGCAAGUAUGCGGCUUAUUGCGAGAGAGCCUUGGAACGAACAUUGCAGAACGGCGGUAGAGAAGUGAAGCCGUCGAGGAUGGAAGUACUGUCGAUACUAAUGAAAAAUCCGUACCAUCAUUCAUUGCCGCACGCCAUACCAGUUCACUUUCUGAACGGCACCUAUCAGGUUGUGAGCUUCGACGGUAGUACCACGAUAGAGGAAUUUCUGAAUACUCUGAAUCAAGAGAUUGGCUGUAGGGACGUUCAUCAGUCCGGCUUCGCGCUAUUCAGCGAUGACCCGAUCGAAAAGGAUCUCGAGCAUUUCAUCGAUCCAGAAGCGAAGCUAUGCGACAUUAUCUCAAAGUGGGAGACAGCGUUACGAGAGAAGGGUUCGGGCAAAUUCGAGAAUACUAGAGUGAUACAAUUGACAUACAAAUCUCGUUGCUACUGGCGGCAAGCUGCUAAAAUGGAAACGGACAAGGAGAGGCUCUUGCUGUGUUACCAAGUGAAUCAACAAGUUGUGCAAGGAAAGUUUCCGUUAAAUCGUGAGCUCGCUUUUGAACUGGCAUCGUUGAUGGCACAGAUCGAUUUUGGAGAAUACAACAAUGAUAAAGCGCGCGGCAGCGGUCCUGGAAGCAAUCCGCAUCAUCUCGUACUCCAGGCUCUGGAUAAAUUUUAUCCAAUACGCUAUCGAGCCAACAUUACCGCCGAUCAGUUGAGAGAAUUGCAGGAGAAGUUACAGGAAAAGUGGCUCGCUUUAAAAGGACGUAGCGUAUUGGAUUGCGUUCGUAUAUAUCUCACAUGUACCAGAAAGUGGCCUUUUUUCGGAGCUACCUUGUAUCAAGCAAAGCUGAAGCAAACCGAACCUGUAACGGUCUGGAUAGCAGUGUGCGAGGACAGUGUAACGUUGCUUGAAUUACAAACAAUGGCUGUCAUGUGCCGGUAUAAUUAUGCAAAUAUAGUAACAUUCGGCGGUUGUUUGGACGAUUUCAUGCUCGUCGCUUGCCCGGACGAGGGUGCGGCCGAGCAGAAAUUGCUUUUCGCACUCUCUAAACCCAAAAUAUUGGAGAUAACGUUAUUGAUCGCCGACUAUAUGAACGCGCUGGGCCACGCUUUACCGGGCACUCCACAAAUGAAUACUCUAACACGCAAUGGAUCACACCGGUCCAUCAAAUCCACUCUGAGACCUGCGACUGGUUCAAGCUGUCUUCCAACUCAACCUGACAUAUUGAAAUCGACGCCGGAUCACCAAAGACCUUAAUAAAAAGGCUGGUCACGUUAAUUUUUCGGAAAGAUAAUGGGAAUAUAUUUCUUUGAUACGCGCGAAGAUCUGAUUACGAUGUAUAUUUUCUUUUGUUGUUUGUAUCAUAUAAAGGCAGCGUAACAGUGCAGUAUUAGUAUCGUACACUGCGAUGUGCGGUCGUUUUUUUUUUCUACGAAACGCGCAGUCAGACGCAUUAGAAUCAUGUUUACGUCACAUGUGCAUGUAAAUUACUAUCGAAGCUUAUAUAAGAACGUAUCUGUGUAAAUACUUAACGAUAAGCGCAAGAACUAAUCACGAACGAUCGUGCUGGUGAUUUAGGGAGCGGCUGAAAUCGAAUCGAAUCGAUCUGUAACACUGCCUAAUUAGUAUGCGCGAUUACACAUCGAAUAGUUUCAUCCCGCGGCUACGUACGCUGAGACUUUUGCUACGUAUUUAUAUAUCAAAUUAAGAACACAACAGGAACGAAAAAGAAUGUGUAAAAUAUACGUAAUAGUGAAAUGUAUUCACCCCGUGUCGUGUAUUAUAUAUUAAUCGAAGUUAUUAAAUGUUUAGGAGUAUAUCUCUCUCGAAUGACACAGCGAUGCGUUCUUUCCCAAUUUUCGAUGUCGAACGAAAUACCUCCAAGCCUACACGAAUGCUAUCGCUAUGUCAUGUAACUCAACACAAUUGUUUCUAAUUCUAUCCAACAGUUUUUGUUGCGUUUCUACUUCGGACAUAAAAAUCAAUUUUACUUCAAUUUAUUUUGUUAAAAUAAAUUAAUUUUUGUCACAUAUUUAAAUUUAACUGAA